UGUUUUGUGCUACAGAGGAUCCAUCUUUGCAGUCACAGACGAUCUUUGCGGGCUGGUAUUCGUUCCUCCGUCAGCAAACAGCCAAACCGCAGAGCGGCUGAUCCGAGGAGUACGCGCUGAAAAUAUUACGGGUAAAACGCUGGAAAAUUACACCUCUCUGUCUUGUUAUUCUGGUGGGAAUCAGAAUCUGGUGGACUUGGAGUACUGCCAUAAAAUAGCGUCGAAGGGAGCGCCACAUACACGGGAGAACGUACACAAGGAAAGGUUGGUGGCGGUGAUGCUGAUUGCAUUUCCCAUGGAGCUGUGCACAGACAUGCACACUGUUCUACCAUGGAGCCACCAGUCAGGGUUGUGGACCCAGAGAGCCAGUGAGACAGAAGAGGACCUGAUAUUGUGAUACCACCCUCCGCAUCCUUAACCCCAUCCCGUCGUCUCUUGCCUCCCUCCCUCCUGCUCAUCCUUCUCUGAGGUCUCCUCAGGCCAGCUCCCGCCCAAACAGCUUCUCUCCUGCUGUGGGUUACAGAGUCUGAUACGCUGACCGGAAGCUCCCACAUCACAGAGCACGGCCCGGUCUGGGCCCAGGUCCUGCUGCAGGAUGGCAAGUCUACCCUUCUCUUUGGCUGUGAUGGUCGCCGCUCUCCUGCUGACCCUCGGAGCUGACGCUGCAGGUCAGAACCCAGACCACGUCCUACAGGGGACGGGGGUGAAACCCGACGCUCAGGGGCCUGGCGGGGACUCCACCAUCGCACCUGAGGACGCCCCUCGAUUCCUCAGCUGCUACUGCUCCGGACACUGUCCUGAUGAUGCCACGAACAAUACCUGCCAGACUAACGGUCAGUGCUUCGCCAUCAUCGAGGAGGAUGAGCAUGGAGAGGCCAUCCUCACCUCUGGCUGCAUGAAGUACGAAGGCUCACACUUCCAGUGCAAGGACUCCCCUAAGGCUCAGACCAGGAGGACGAUCGAGUGUUGCGACACCAACUUCUGCAACGGAGACCUGCAGCCCACCCUCCCCCCACAGCCGCCCUCUGAAGGCAGCCCCCACUGGCUGGCCUUCCUCAUCUCUAUGACGGUCUGCUGCUGCACUCUGAUCUGUGUCACCGUUGUCUGUUACUACAGGUACAAGUGGCAGACCGAGCGCCGGCUGUAUCACAAGGAUCUGGAGCAGGAAGUCUUCAUUCCUGCCGGAGAGUCUCUCAGAGACCUCAUCCACCAGUCACAGAGCUCAGGCAGCGGUUCCGGGCUCCCCCUGCUGGUGCAGCGGACCAUCGCCAAACAGAUCCAGAUGGUGCGUCAGAUCGGUAAAGGGCGCUACGGCGAGGUAUGGCUGGGCCGCUGGAGGGGAGAGAAGGUGGCCGUCAAAGUCUUCUUCACCCGAGAAGAAGCCAGUUGGUUCAGAGAGACUGAGAUCUACCAGACCGUCCUGAUGAGACAUGAGAACAUCCUUGGCUUCAUCGCAGCAGACAUCAAAGGCACCGGCGCCUUCACGCAGCUCUUCCUCAUCACCGACUACCACGAGAAUGGCUCUCUGUACGACUACCUGAAGCUGACCACACUGGACACACAGGCCCUGCUGCGACUGGCCUACUCGGCUGCCUGCGGCCUGUGCCACCUGCACACCGAGAUCUACGGCACGCAAGGCAAACCCGCCAUUGCUCACCGUGACCUCAAGAGCAAGAACAUCCUGAUCAAGAAGAACGGGACCUGCUGCAUUGCCGACCUGGGCCUUGCCGUCAAGUUCAACAGCGACACUAAUGAGGUGGACAUCCCUCUAAGCAACCGGGUGGGGACGAGGCGCUACAUGGCCCCUGAGGUCCUGGACGAGAGCCUCAACAAGAACCACUUCCAGGCGUACAUCAUGGCCGACAUGUACAGCUACGGACUCGUCAUCUGGGAGAUGGCCCGACGCUGCAUCACCGGAGGUAUCGUGGAGGACUACCAGCUGCCGUACUAUGAGAUGGUGCCCUCGGAUCCCUCCUAUGAAGAUAUGUUGGAGGUGGUGUGUGUUAAAGGGCUUCGGCCCACGGUGUCCAACCGCUGGAACAGCGAUGAGUGCCUCCGGGCCAUGCUAAAGCUGAUGUCAGAGUGCUGGGCUCAUAACCCCGCCUCCCGCCUCACCAUCCUCAGAGUCAAAAAGACGCUCGCCAAGAUGGUGGAGUCCCAGGACAUCAAGGUCUGACUGCCCCCCUCCCCCUCCUCCUCCUCGUUCCCCACCUCCGCCAUUGGAUUCAUCUGAACAUUUGGAUCUGACCCUUCAUCAGGAGGAGGAGAAGUUGGGAGAUGGAAAAGGACCUGUCUCAGGGCUGAACUGUGCAUCUCCUCCUCCUCCCUUCUUCAUCUUCAGUGUGUCAGCUGAGCACAGAGUCCCUCCUCCCCCUCUUUCUGUGCUGAGGCAGCCGGGUGUGACGCUUUCUGUGAAAGCCAAACGAGAUGGUGAAGACGAAUUCAUUGAAGACUUCCUGUGGAGGGGAGAGGAGGAGGGGGUGGGGAACUGAUUGACCAAGAAAAAAUUGUAGACCUUUUUUAUUUUUAUUAUUUUGGUUUUAAGGCCCUGCUGCAGCCUUCCUCAUCUUCUGCCUGUUUCAACGUGCCAGUUUUAGUUGUUUCUAUUUGCUCUCCAGGACGGAGUUCUCCUGCCAUAUCAGCAUAUAUCUGUGUUCAUAGAGUAAAGCUCAGUAAAAAUAAGAUGCUAUUAUAAUAUGUGAAUUUUAAUGUGUAAAUAAAUGUUAUCAUUAGAUGUCAUGCCUCCUCCUAAGAAGACCUUAGUACCCAGAACACUAUGCUGCAGUGGUGUUGACAGGAGCUGAUGGAGUCACUGCGGAGACGUCUGCCGUCCUGUCUGUCAGCGCUUUGUAUGGCAGACUGCACAGUAGCUGUAUAAAGGUGAAGCUGCUCUGGUAGCAGAAACGGUCUCAGUGGAGAGUUGAACCUCUGUGGGUGAAGCCAAAAAAUCUGAGCGCUGUCACAACGCAGGCCUCUUAACUCCUUUUCCCUCAGAACAGGAACGUACCCACCACGCCUCCUGAUUUGUUCCCAGUUCAGAACAAUGCAUGAGGCUAACGAGAGCUCGGUGGGUGAGAUCAGGAAUUCAGAGAAGCAAGAUAUGUUGAACCUGUGACCAGUCUCUUAUUCCCACUUCCAGCAGACACAGAUCAACAUGCUCCUCCGUGCACAGUGUGUCCGUGUCCCCCUGAGGAGCCUCAGCCCAGUGCUCCCUCUCUGUUCGCUCUGGGUUUGGUCUCCACCACCUCCUGAGGGAAACCUCUGGCUCUGGAGCUG